CUGGAAUUAUGAAGGCUUUUAAUGAGGUAGGUGGUGGAUGGGAGGAGCCAGAUGCACGACAUAGGCUUUGCAUACGGCAUGUCGCUUCUAAUCUGCAUACUCAAUUUAAAGACAUUCACUUGAAGAAUCUGUUCAUUUGGACAGCAAGUCAACGUCAAAAGAAAAAAUUUGAUGGUGGAUUUAACAAGAUAGGCGAAAUGCAGGCACUAGCACGAGAAUAUCUAGCGAACAUUGGCUUGGAGAAGUGGUCUUUACACCACGACGGGGGGUACAGGUAUGGCACUACAACAACGAACAUGGCUGAAGUUUUCAAUAGUGUCAUGAAGAGUGCACGAUACCUGCCUGUAACCGCGUUGGUUGAGUUAUCAUUUUAUCGUGUGAAUGCCUAUUUUGUGGAAAGAAGAGAAACUAGUAAGAGAAGAUUAGCAGAAGGGCAUCGCUACUGCCAUCAAGUGACCGAACUGAUAGAGAAAAAUACGGAAAAGGCAAAGCAUCACAAGGUCACAAUAUUUGACAUAGGCCACGGUUUAUACCAAGUGGAGACCGGUCGUGGUGGAUGAACCCUAGGGAAGGGUGGCAGAAAACAAACGGUGAAUUUGCACCGUCGCCAUUGCACAUGUCAGAAGCUGAAUAUUUAUAAGAUUCCUUGCUCACAUAUAUUAGCGGUAUGCAGACACCGUAGUUUGUCCUAUGAUGCUUUUGUUGAUAAAUUUUUUUCUUCAUCGGAGUAUGCGGCUUCCUAUAAAAGAGUAUUUAAGCCCAUACCAGAUAUAGCAUAUCGACCAACUUACACUGGACCACGAGUUGUGCAUGACCCGUCGAUGAUUCGCGCUAAAGGUCGUCCGAAGGCUAAACGAUUGAGAAAUGAAAUGGAUGAAGGCCCUAAAGGUACUGUGAGAUGCGGUAAAUGCAAGCAAAUAGGGCAUAACAGGACGACAUGUGCUAGAAGAUCAGAGGGAAACGUAGGGAGUUCCACUGGCGCCGAUGCAGGUGUCAGUGGAUCCCGGACCGAUUGAUCCUUCAGUCCUGACAUUGCAGGCCACGCACCGGAGCGAGGAUGUGUGGCGUGGCCUGGAUGUUCAGGUAGAUAGGUGUCGUGAGCACCUACGCAGUAUAUUCCACAUGGGGGUGGACGAUAGGAUUCUACAUUAUGUUCGAUUAGCUGGGUUUUAUGGUGUUCACAGAUUGGUUUCGACUCUGCAUAUAGAUAGAGCAUUACUUACCGCUCUACUUGAGCGUUGGAGACAGGAGACUCACACGUUCCAUUUACCGGUGGGUGAGGUCACGAUCACAUUAGGAGAUGUGGCUGUAUUGGCAGGUCUACCGAUCGAGGGUCGGGCAGUUACUGGGACUGCGUGUAGACUAUGGGUUGAUUUGGUACACAGAUUGUUGGGAGUACGGCCACACCCAGGGACAGAUAUUCGGGGGUCCGCCUUGAGGAUGGCUUGGUUGAGAGAGCAUUUUGAUGGUUUACCUGCUGAUGCUGAUGACGAUGUUGUGCAGCAGUACGCGAGAGCCUACAUUCUGAUGCUUAUGGGAGCGUCCACGUUUGCGGACAAGAGUGGGAAUGAGGUGCAGGUCUUGUAUUUACCCAUUCUGGAGUCUUUUGAUGUAGCUGCAGUUUAUAGCUGGGGUAGUGCCACUUUAGCAUACCUAUAUCGGCAGUUAUGUCGAGGUUGCCAUCAUGACGGUGGAGAGAUGGGUGGAUUUGUAUUGCUCAUACAGCUAUGGUUGUGGGAGCACAUUCAUAUAGGCAGACCUGUCAUUCUGCGAUAUCAUGGGGUACAUGCCGGUCCUCUUGAUGAUGAUAUGGAUCAGCACGCUUUACUUGGGCCACAUCACGUUCGUGGCGAUGAUCCUUUGGGUCGUAGAUGGUUAUUUGCUCAUGUCACGCGCACAUCAUCCGCUGCUGGAUUAGGAUACUACCGAGAUGCUUUAGAUCGCUUGUGUGAUGAUCAGAUGACGUGGAUGCCGUACACUGAUGAGAUUCUAGGGCUGUUGCCUCCUGUUGCCCGAGAGCACACUGACAUAUGGCGAGCACGUGUGCCUUUGAUAUGUUUUGAUGUAGUGGAGCAUCACUUUCCUGAUCGCGUACUACGCCAGUUCGGGUUGCAGCAGGUUACUCCUGGACCUUGUGAUACAUAUGUGGAUCUGCACAAGAUUGAUAGACGGGGGAAGCACACAGAAGAUUGGGGGAUGCGCCAUAUUCAGUAUAUCACUAUGUGGGAAGAGAGAGCGGCGUAUAUAGUGGGCGGGAUCCCAUCUUUAGUGCCCACAGCUUCUGUAGAUUACAUGAGAUGGUAUUACACCAUCACAAGGGUGUUUAUCUCUCCCAGUUUUCGUUUACCCACUGAUCAUUACCAGCCUAGCUCAGUCGCUCUUCAUAUGACGACACAGGCUUUGCGUAGCAUCCAUGACAGAGCGACUGCUAUACUUGAUGAGGCGGUAGAUGUACAGGGAUACCAUGCCGCUUGUUCAGGCAUUGUUUCAUUGUGCGCUGAUGUAUUGGGUCGAGUCGAUUAUGGAUAUAUGGCCGCCUCUCAGCAUUCCACUACAUCUACAUCCGCAGCAGGGUCUUCUCAGGCAGUCCGACGUGAUAGAGUUGUUCUUCAGCCUUGUAACCAGCGCAGGCGUCCCCGAGCACAACUACAUGAACUUCAUGAUGAUGAUGAGCACAUUGAGUUAUGAUAUUUGGGUUUAAAUUAUUGUGUGAAGGUUGUAGUAUGCACUGGCAGAUCGAAUCAUUUUGUGAAACACCAGAUUUAUUAUAAGUUCUAUGGUUUAUACUCAAUUUUGUUCUGC